AUGUCGUUUCCGUUCACCGAAUUUUUGGCCGACCUUCCGGGCUGCGCCGCGCCAUGUGCGACUGAUAUGCUCAAUGUCACAGUCUGUGCCGUUACGAACUUGACUUCAAAUUGCGUCUGCAAGGACAGACGCUACAUUGAGGCAUACCGCCUCUGUGUGCGGUCAUUAUGUGUUAUGGAGCAUGUGCUGGUUGCUAAGAACGCAACAUGGACGUGGUGCGGCUUUCCAUACGCAAGUGAAAAGGGCAGCGUGGUCGCCAGGAUUCUCGUGCUCGGUCUCACCACCUUUCUUUUUGCCGUACGGCAGCUUUCGAAAUUUCUAGAGCUUUCGCAGUGGUGGGCGGAUGAUUGGACAUUGAUACUUGGCUUCCUCUUCACGCUCUCAUUUGCGGUUUCAAGAUUUCACGGUUACGAGCUGGGCAUCGGAAGAGACGUAUGGUCACUAACCGCUGAAGAAAUCACCCGUUUCAUGCAAGUACGACCUCCUUCGCAGCCCCGAAUCAUCAACGACAGUCCCAUCAUAGACGGUUUACUAAACAGCUAUAAGGUCUUCUUCGCGUUUGAGAUAAUAUAUACCCUAGGAGUCGGAGCCCUCAAAGCCUCCAUUCUCUUCUUCUACAUCCGCGUCUUCAAGUUCGUCAGCAAUACCUUGACGGCCGUGCUGUGGAGCACGCAGGCAUUCAACAUCAUAAACUGCAUCGCCUUCACUAUAGCAAACCUAAAUCAGUGCAAACCUUUCAGUUACGCCUGGGAGGGCUGGGACGGCCAACACGUAGGCUACUGCGUCAACACGGCAGCCAUCCUAAUUGCACAUGCUGCCAUAAACAUCGCCAUGGACCUGUGGAUGUUGGCGUUGCCUAUAACGCAGAUUCUGUGGCUAAAUUUGCGAAAGAGGCAAAAGCUGGAGAUCUUUUGCAUGUUUGGACUCGGGAUAAUCAUCACCGUUGUCAGCAUUAUACGCCUAAAAGUUUUGCUCAACUUCCGCAAUUUCUUGGAUCCUACGCACGAUGCUUAUUACUUACACAAGUGGUCCUACGUGGAACUAGCGACGGGCAUAAUCGUCGCCUGCCUUCCAUCGGCCCGCCAGGUUUGGCGCGAUAUGAUGCCGAAACUGAAGAGAAAACUCGGCGUCACACCACCCGCACGACCGAGAGAUCCGGGAGAAUCGGAGAGAAGGCUCAAGGAUAUUUUGUUCAUCAGCGGGGAUCAACCUUCGCUGAUGAGCCCUACGAGUGCCAAGGAGUUCGCGUCGUCGCCCUCGUCGCCUUCGGUGCGGACGCGCAGUGAAUGUUUAGAAGAGGGCCUACGACGACAUGAUGUUUAA